GUUAGCCAAACUCCCGGAAGCCAGGGAGGAGUAGCACGGGGCCCAGCUGUCAGAGAGACACAGGAAACCCCUAGGCCCUCUCACCCGUGUCGGAUUAGUCAAAGACGAACUCCUUUGACCCCGCCUCGAAAGCUCUCAAGACCUCCAGCUCCUCCGCUGCUCGUUCUCCUCUCUUGCGGCGGCCUUCGGGGGAAGAAGAGGAGAGGAAAAAGGAGAUGAAGGCGUGCGCGAAGGCGGCGGGGGAGAGGCUCCCCCUGGUUCGUCCUCCCACCGGGCGAGCGCAAGCUCGGAGCUUUGUUAAGGUAAGCAGAUUACCCUCUCAACGGACAAGGUCUCAAGUAUCCUGCUCAAUUGAGGUGUCAGAAAAUGCAGCGCAUAGAAUAGAGGCCACAGCAGAAAACAUUUUCCCAGCAACCAAAGAUCAUGUCACAAAAGCAACUGAUGCGAUUAACAGAGGACAAGUGAUCGCGGUGCCCACUGAUACAAUAUACGGGUUUGCUUGUGAUGCCUGCUCUGCAGGAGCAGUUAAUCGCAUUUACGAGAUCAAAGGGCGCAUACAAACACGCCCUCUGGCAAUCUGUGUUGCUGAUGUCUCAGACAUAUCACGAUUUGCUUUAGUAGAUCACUUGCCGCAUGGAUUGCUUGAUGGUCUACUUCCUGGGCCUGUCACUGUUGUUCUAAAACGAGGUGAAGACAGUAUAUUAGAGAGAUCACUUAAUCCUGGCUUGGAUAGCAUUGGAGUUCGUGUGCCGGAUCUGGAUUUCAUACGAUCCAUUGCUCGUGGUGCUGGAAGUGCACUUGCACUUACUAGCGCCAACUUAAGCGGACGACCUAGUAGUGUCAGCAUCAAAGAUUUCGAGGAUUUAUGGCCACAUUGUUCAUAUGUCUUUGAUGGUGGAAUACUUCCUUCUGGGCGUGCUGGUUCAACAAUUGUUGACCUAAUAACACCAGGAGUCUACAAGAUAUUGAGAGAUGGAAGUUCAAGGGAGGAAACAACAGGGGUGCUUGGCAAGUUCGGCUUUGUUGAAGCUUCAUGACAACCUAGUGCCUUCUACGAAGCUGAAAGAAUCAAAGAGUUCUCUUUUUUUUAUCCUUCAUGAUUCCUGUUUGAUUAGGUGAUGUAUGUACAUGUCGUCGUGUGUGAUUUUCUUUUUACAUCUUCCAACUUUUUCCUGUGAUGCGUUGUUGAAUAGAAUAGCAGAGCUAAACCUUAUUUAAGGAGUGCAGAGUGUGAUGUGUUUUUUCUUUUGUUGGACAUGAAGCAAGUCAGCUGGGAACUCUGAAUGUGCUGUGCACACGACACAAGUCGUGCGAAAAAAAAAUAUGAACUUCUUUUUUUGUCA